CUUCAACUCGGCAGCAUCAUUAUACAUAACGAACCGGUGCGCAUGUGCAGAUCUUCUUUCCCCGGACAUGCGCCUCUCAAGCCAGACGGACUUAUGGAUUCUUUUUCAUCCUAGUCACCCAUCAUCCCUACGAUUCGAAUGCCUAUUAACUCUUGAACACCAAUUGGCGUCGAGGCGCGGUACUUGAUCAUUGCCCACACGCGCCGUGUUCGCCUCUCACGCCGUUAUGGACGACUUGUCGCGACUGUCAGAUGUAGAGAGGGAGGAGGCCGUAGUGGACGAGAUUAGCGGCGUCGGUCUACCAACCGGAGAUACGGGAUCGCCGGCGCCAAAAUCAAGGUCAUUGUCGGACGGAGGGAGCACGCCAAAGCUAUCGCCGUCGCCGCACAUUGUCGAGGCGCGUCGACGCCAGUCAAAGGACGACAUUGCCAUUCGGGACAAGGACCGCGAGCACACAUACUCACUCCCAUCGACGCCCAUCCGCGCAGGCUUUGGUAAUCGCGGCCUGGCGCUGCACAUGCCGCUCCGCGACUCGGCCUCUGCGUCGCCCGCCUUUCAGUCCGGCCAUGCCAUCCAUGCCAGGGCUGCCCCGCUCUCGCCGCAGCUCGACCACAUCUAUGCUACGCCAACAAACAUCCUGCCACGCCGGUCGCGGGGCAUGGACUUUUCUCGGGCUGCGACCAGCCUCCAUCAUUCCACCGUUGUCGAUCAGGGUUCGCCCGACUGCUCGCCGACCAUUGGCUCCCGGGCGGUGAACAUACCUGGCCGCCACGCUUCCGAAUACCGUGCCGGCGACCAGGCAUCCACGUCGCUGUGGUCCAUGAUGGGCAGCCAGGAGCGAAUGCAGAUAUCGAGCUCGGUGGGAAGCACCAAUCAUGCUAUAUCGGACCUGUCGUCCAGCUCCGACAAUGACGACUACAUGGAUGAGGAUAUGGAGGAAGCCUAUGUCACCACGCCGCUGGUGCAGAAGAACGCGACGCCGGGCAGCGCAGCAGCUAGAGGUGCGCCGUGGAUUCCCGGUUCUCCCAUGGUCAACAACCUGUCGAGUUUCCAGCAACUACAACGCCAGCGCAAACAGCCUAAGAAAAAGCCGCGGGGGGCCUUAGGCAUUGGAUUUUUCGCGAGCUCAGCUCCGGGCGUCUUGUCAAGAUCCCCGCCAAACAAUUUGGUUGGGUCAAACGACAUGUCAUCCCAUAGACGCGAGAGCAUCAGCUGGGCUGCCAACCAGCUGCACAUAUCAGGCAACGACAGCGACGACAACCACAGGCAGCCCGAUGGCCUUGACAGCCCGCUGCGGCCGAGCAUUGUCCGGCGAGCUGUCACGCGGCGAGGCAACUUACUUCCUAAAACAAAAGGAUUUGCACGAAUCCGCGCCGCCCUGGCCGAAGAGAGCGCUCCCAUUGAAGCCGAGUUCCGCCGCGAAGCCGAGGUGGUCCGGCAGGUCCGUGAAAGCGACAUGGAUCUAGAACCGAGGCAGCCGCCGCCGCAAUCAGCAACAUCGACGGCUCUCUCCAGCCCUAAUCUCGCAACCCACGACAGCAUGGAAGAGAUUAGCGACGAUGUCAUGAUGAUGGACCCCACCGCCAGCGCCCUGGGCCUCUCGGGCGCGUUUAAGCAGCAAGCCCUGAAAAAUUCCAAGGGCAAAGUCUUUUGGGACACCUUUUCCGAGACGAGCAGCACCGGCGCCACCCAGCGCGUCACCCCUCCCCCGCCACCUCUCAAUCUAGCCCGGGCGUCAUCCACUGCCAUGAGCCUGGAAGACAUCAGCAUGGAUUCGCCGUCCGCCCGCUCCAACGGCGGCGCAAGCCAAAGCAACCCCUUCGCCAUCCCCGGAGGCGGCGAUGGCGGUGGGGCCACCCAGACCACAGCCAGCAGCUCAGGCGACGGCACACCCUUGGCCCCUCCCGCCCUCACGAACCCAAACCUGGCCCACAACAGCAAUUACCCGGCCGGCAUCAUCAUGCAGGGCGCGUCGGCAGGCCCAAUGGGGAUGGGGAUCCCGCCGACGGCCGCCGAGAUCACGCGGCGCAUCAACAACAGCAAGCGCCGGCGCGGCGACGACGACCUCAACCCCGUCAGCAUCAAGCGCCGUGCCGUCAGCCCGGGCAUGAGCGUGAACAACUCGCCCGUCAUGCAGUCGCCCCUGCAGCGCGACUCGGCGCCGUGGGGCAGCACGGCGUCGUCCAUGUCCAUGGCGUCGCGGCCGGGGAGCGUCGGUGGGGACAGCGUGGGGGGAAGGAAUAGCGGGAGUGGUGGUGCGGGGAGUGAGAAUGGAGGCUCGUCGCAUGGUGGCGGGGGGAAGGUCAGGGUUGGGUUUCGGGGCAUGGCGGAGACGCAUGAUGGGAUUACGCGGUUGAGCAUUGAGUGAGGUCGGCAUGGGGCAGGGUUUGAUCUGGGGUAUUGAGUUCCAUUUCUGCAGACGGGGCGUUUAGUACUCGGUGGUCUUUUUUUUUUCUAUUUUCUAUAGAAAAAAGGCUUUCUUGGGUUGGGGCAGGUUGCAUGGAACGGCGAUUGGAACUGGGCGGGAUUAUCAUCAUCAUGGAUAUCCAUUCAGGGCAGGCGUUUUUUUGGUUCAUGGUUUUGGGUUUCGCCAUGCUGGGAUUGAUAUAUGGUGAUUCUCUGGGACGGUUGUUCCCAACAACAGUUUAGCUUAUUUGCCCUGUCUUGUCAGCUUCACGAACGGCAUGGCAAGACGUAGCAUCGGAUAGUCCAAGAUUGCUG